GAAUCUCACGCCUGAAUCCCAUCUUUUUGUUAGCACCACACAUACAAAAAUGGACCCUGCUGUCAACACGAAACUCAGCAGCAGCGAGGUGGCGUUUCCGAGAGGAGGUGCGUCCGUGUUGACGCCCUUGGAAAUGAAGACAAUCUCCAAUAAGGCCACGGAAGACGUGCUUUUCGAGCAGGCUUCUCUGGAGAAAAAAAGAGGGCCUGUUGCCGACGACCUGGUUGCCAAGCUGCACAAGAAGGCCAAGAAGCAGAAACACAGCGCUGGUGGCAAAAACACCGACGCCGCGGACCAAAAACUCAAGCCCGUGGCGCACCUCAGUUUCAAGAACUUGUUGCCCGGUGUUUCUGUGCUCGGGCAGAUUGUAGGCAUAGCCAGAACACAGCUUUCGAUCGCAAUCGGUGACAACUUGGUCGGCCACGUCCCCAUCACAGCAAUCAGUGACGAGCUCACUGAACAGCUAGAAAAAUACGAGGCUGCCAUGGACUCGUCUGACGAGGAGGACGAGGACGAGAGCAGUGCGCCUGUGCUUUCUAUCAAGCCCGAGUUCCCCAAGUUGGAGUCUUUGUUUUCAAUCGGCCAGUGGCUCAGAGCCGUGGUGAUGCCUGGCGACGACAAGAAGAAAUCCAUCGAUCUCACCAUCGAGCCGCAGGUCAACAAUGCAGCUCUCGAAGAGAGCGACUUGGCGCCUGGCAAUCUUCUCCAGGCGUCCGUCAAAUCCGUCGAGGACCACGGCAUUGUGCUUAGCUUGGGCUUGGACAACUAUUCCGGCUUCAUGCCCAAAAAAGAGUUGAAGAAGGCCGAGAUCUCAGUGCUGUCCUUCAGACCGGGCCAGGUGGUGUUGGCAUCGAUUGCCUCCACAAGCGCCCGGACUGUGACCUUGAGACCGGCGCACAAUGAGAACGUCAACAAGAAGACCACCGUGUCCACGAUAACAUCCGUGGACGCGAUCCACCCAGGUGCUGUGGUCAACGCUCUUAUCAGCGACGUGGCCGAGGAUGGAAUCCAUGCCCGUGUUUUCGGCAUGGUGGACGCCACGUUUUCGCUUCCACACGCGGGCGAGUUCAGCGUCGACAAGUUGAAGAACCACUUUGCCAUUGGCUCGACCGUCCGGGCCAGAGUCAUUAAUAUCUUGGUCGAAGAUGGUGUCAAGAGUCUAAUGUUAUCCCGUGCCCCCCGCGUGUUUGACAUGGACGUCUCGCUUAACUCCGAGCCCCUCGAGGCGUUCCCCUCGGGCUUUGUUUUCGAGCUGCCGCUCACCGUGAUCGGCGCCGACUCCAAAUACAUAUACCUUUCUACCGGCUCCGAGAUCGUGGGCCAGGUGCACAAGUCCAACACGGACCCAGAUAAAGUCGCCAAUAUUGAAUACCCGAUCGGCUCGAAGCACCGUGCGCGCGUCUUGGGCUUCAACCAGAUCGACAACGUGUUGAUCAUGACGCUCAACCCGAAAGUCAUCAACUCCAAGUUUGCCUCUGCAGAGGAUAUCCCUGUUGGCGAGUACAUCUCGUCGGCUGAGGUGACCAAGAUUUUGCCCGAAGGCAGGGGCUUGAUUGUCAAGUUUUUCGGUGACUUUGAGGCUAUGGUGCCUCCUAAGCACAUGUCUGACAUCAAGUUGGUGUACCCAGAGAGAAAGUUCAAGGUGGGUGGCAUUGUUAAGGGCAGAGUUUUGCAGAAGAAUGGCAGAAAGCUCUACGUGACGUUGAGAAAGAGUUUAGUCAACAUGGAGGAGGAAGCCAUCGUAUACAGCACCGACCACUUGUCUGUGGGGUUCAAGACCACUGCAGUUGUUGAGAAGUUUGUCGCGGGCGGUGCCGUGGUUUCCUUCUUCGGUAAGUUGAAGGCGUACUUGCCCAAGAACGAAAUUUCAGAGACCUUCGUGGAAAACGCCAAGGACUACUUGAGAGAAAAUCAGGCCGUUGGUGUCAGAGUCAUGAAGUUCUCGCCUGAGGACGGUAAGAUUUCUGUCACUUUGAGACAGGCUGCUGACCUCAGCAAUGCACAAGCCCAACAUCUCGAACAAAUCGUUCCUGGUCGCAGUGUGGUGAAGGCUUCUGUCGUCGAAAAGUCCAAAGAGGCGUUCGUGGUGGAGUUGGAGGGCUCUAAUUUGCGUGGCUUGAUCUUCACUGGCCAUUUAUCUGAUGGUAACUACGAGGAGAACAGAAUCAUCUACAAGUCGUCAAAAGUUGGUGGCAUCUUGGAAGUUUUGGUUCUUGAGAAGAACAUGAAGACCAGAACUGUGGUUGUUUCCGCCAAGAAAUCGUUGAUCAACGCGGCCAAGUCCGAGACUUUGCCUUUGCAUUACGAAGACAUUCACGUCGGCUCGACUCUUUCCGGAUUCGUGAAGUCUGUCACAAACAUGGGGCUUUUUGUGAGUUUCACCGGCAGAUUGACUGGUUUGGUUUUACCUAAGAACGCAUCUGCUGAUCCAUCCGAGGACUUGCUGAAGCGUUUCUACAAAAACCAGUCUGUCGCUUGUGAGGUCAUCAAAGUUGACAAUGAGAACAAGAGAUUCUUGCUUUCUCUUGCUGACACCGAAAGUGCCAAUGCCUACAAGGCUAAGAAGUUGAAGAACCCUGUGGACUCCUCAAAGAAACUCACCACCGACUUUGCUUGUGGUGAGACCACCAAUGGAAUCAUCGAGUCCAUCGAGGGAAAUCACUUGAAGGUGCGCUUGGCUGACAACUUCUUUGGCAGGGUCCAUGCCAGCCAGUACUUUAGCUCCGCUGAUCAAAUCAAGGACACCAAGCAUCCGCUUGCUUCGGUCAAGAUCGGCGAGUCAGUCAAGGCUCAAGUCGUUGGCUACAACAAUACUAAGACUUGUAAGUUCACUACAAGUUCGUCUUUUUCAGAUGAUUCUGUGGUAGAGUUGUCCAUAUUGAAAAAGCAGGUGAAGAGCAAAACGCCAUACAAGCCGGCCCAGUUGGAGGACGUAGAAGUUGACCUGACCGUGUUUGCCUACAUUGAUGCAUUCGACCGUGGUCAUGCCAUUGUGUCCCUUGCACCUGGCGUUGUCGGUGAAGCUCUUGUCUACAACCUUUCGAAAAAGGCCGAGGAGUAUGAAGACUUCGAGGCCAAUUUCCCGAUUGGUGCAUGCUUGAAGCUCAAAGUUCAGAGAGUGAACUUCAAACAGCAAAGACUUGUCUUGUCUGCUGGAAACAAAGAAAUCACUUCUACAUCUCAAGUGACCAAGGGACAGAAAAUCCCGGGUAUGGUUUUCUUUGUGUCAGACUCCAACGUCUUGGUGGAGUUCAGCACAGAAGUUGCGGGAAGAGCAUUCAUUACUGAUGCUUUGGGUGACUACGACCAAAAGUUAUCAGAAGCAUUUAAGCCAAACCAGCCUGUGCUCGCUACUGUCCUAGAGAUCGAAUCGGGCGAGAAGAGACUCGUGGUUAGCUUAAGAAACGAAGAAACUGCCAAAGAUAAGGCCAUCAGAUCCAUUGAGGACCUCAAGAGAGGCAAAUUAGUGAAGGGUUUCGUCAAGUCUAUCUCUAACACAGGUAUUUUUGUCGCGUUAAACAAGGACUUGUUCGCGUUGGUGCGUGUGUCUGACAUCUCUGAUGUACAAUUAAGCGACUGGAAGAAGUACUACAAGCCAUACCAAUGUGUUGUUGGAAAGAUAGCCCAGUGCCAGACGGAGGGACGGAUUUCGAUGUCUUUGAAGGAGAGCGAAGUCAAUGGUGAUUUGGCCAGCUUCAAGACUUUUGAGGAAUUGGAGGUCGACCAGAUUUACGAUGGAAGUGUUAAGCAGGUGGCUGAAUUCGGUGUGUUCGUUAGGUUGGAUGGUACUGCCAAUGUAAGUGGGCUUUGUCACCGUUCCGAAGUUUCUGAUAACAAGAUCGAAAAUGUCGGUGAUUUCUUCAGUGAAGGUGACCGUGUGAAGGUGAAGAUUUUGAAGAUCGAUACCACCAAAAGACAGCUUUCUCUUGGCAUGAAAGCUUCCUACUUCAUGGGAUUACAGGAUGAAGAUGUUGAGAUGUCGGAUGCGGCAAGCGAGUCCGAGGCUGAAGUUGAUGCGGAGGACGAAGUUAUGGACGACGCUUUCGAGUCUGAUGACGAUUCGGAAUCUGAGGAAGAAAGCACGCUGGAAGCCAAGCCCGCAAGCCAAGGUUUGAGCGGCUUGUCUACGAACGGUUUCGACUGGACUGCAUCGAUCUUGGAUCAAGCCGAGGAUGACGAGUCCUCCGAUGACGAUGGCGAAGACUUUACCCAAAAGAAGAAGAGAAGAGGCAAGGGUAAGAAGCAGGUCAAGGACCGUACACUAGAAAUGAACUCCAGGGCACCGGAGUCCGUGGGAGACUUUGAGCGUUUGCUUGUCGGUAACCCAGACUCGUCUGUUCUUUGGAUGAACUACAUGUCGUUCCAAUUGCAGCUCAGUGAGAUCGACAAAUCAAGAGAAAUUGCUGAGAGAGCCUUGAAGACCAUCAACUACCGUGAAGAGCAAGAGAAGAUGAACAUCUGGAUUGCUAUACUUAACUUGGAAAAUACUUUCGGCACCGAUGAGUCCUUGGCCGAGGCUUUCCAACGUUCAGUCCAAUACAUGGACAGUUUGAUCAUGCAUCAAAAAUUGAUUGGCAUCUAUGUGCUUUCCGAAAAGUUCGAGAAGGCCGAGGAACUCUUCAGAGUCAUGUGCAAGAAGUUUAGCCAGAACGUGGCCGUGUGGGUGCAAUGUGGAUCCUUCUACAUGGACCGUGAUAUGCUGGAUCAAUCCCAUGAGGUCUUGGCGCGUGCCUUGCAGUCUCUUCCCAAGAGAGACCACAUUGAUGUUGUGAGAAAGUUCGGCCAGCUUGAAUUUGCCAAAGGAGAUCCCGAGCAAGGUAGAUCGUUGUUUGAAGGCUUGAUCACCGACGCACCCAAGAGAACCGAUUUGUGGAACGUCUACAUCGACCAAGAAAUCAAGACGGGAGACCGUGCUAAGGUCGAGGCCUUGUUCGAGAGAGUUGUCACCAAGAAGUUGUCGAGAAAGCAAGCCAAAUUUUUCUUUUCCAAAUGGCUUUCAUUUGAGGCGGAGGCUGGGGAUGAACAAGCUGUUGCACGUGUGAAAGCACUUGCUGUAGAGUUUGUUCAAAAGCAAGCAAAGGACGAGGAGGAGGAAGAACAAUAGAGACUGUGUGAAGAUCUCUUUUUUGACCAAAGAAUCGGGUUGAAAAGCAUCGGGAAAGAGCAACCACGAUUGAACUGUGUAUAUAUAUUAUAUUGUUGCAAUGCAUACUCAAACUAGACUUUGUAUGAGUCCUCGUCAAGCUCUGGAAAUAUAGCGAGAAGAACCACAUCG